UCCUCCAUGACCCCUUCAAACUAAAAGCCCUUCUUCCUUCCUUCUUAUGGAUCAUCAUCAAUCCACGGCCCAAAAGCACCACCGUUUUUCUCUCCCAAUUGUAAUCAAGAGACAACUCUUGUAUGCAAUAUCUUUUCUCAUCUUCCUAAUCUUAUCGGUCCUUGUCUUCGAUCUUCUACCCCCUUUCGAGCCCCACCAACUUUCUCGUUUUGGUUUCUUGUCACAAAUCCUACUAAACAAUAAAAAAUCAUCACAAGGAUCUUGUAAUUACUCUUAUGGAAGAUGGGUACGGGAUGAAAGUUAUUACAAGAUUCAAUCCUAUGAUGAAACCUGCCCGUUCCUCGAUCCUGGCUUUCGAUGCCGUCAAUGUGGAAGGAAAGACGUAGAGUAUCUCAACUGGCGAUGGCAGCCAAAGGGAUGUGAAAUACCAAGAUUUAAUGCGAGUGACCUUCUAGAGAGGAGCAGGAAUGGAAGAAUAGUGUUUGCUGGAGACUCCAUUGCAAGAAACCAAUGGGAGUCCUUCCUAUGCAUGUUAGGCCAAGGAGUUCAUAACAAGUCAACCAUAUAUGAAGAACAUGGAAAACCCAUAACUAAACACAAGGGCUUCCUCUCUAUGCGUUUCAGUGAAUACAAUCUCACAGUUGAAUACUACAGAGUACCCUUUCUUGUGGUCGUCGGUCGGCCUACACUUAAUUCUUCUACUGAAGUCAAAAUGACCAUUAAGGUCGACCAAAUGCAUUGGUUCUCCAGAAAGUGGGUCGGAGCAGAUAUUUUGGUUUUCAGUGGAGGCCAUUGGUGGAAUGAAGAUAAAACUGUCGAGAUGGGCUGCUAUUUUGAGGAUGGAGGAAAAGUGAAUACGUCGAUGAGUGUGAUGGAAGCAUUUCAAAGAUCUCUGCAAACAUGGAAGUCAUGGGCAUUACAGAAUUUAGAUCGCGAGAGUUACAUUUUCUUUCGCAGCUUCUCUCCAGUACAUUACAGGAAUGGAACAUGGAAUAUCGAGGGUCGAUGUGAUGUGGACAUGCAACCUGAGACAAACUACAUGAAUCUAGAGCCUGAGCCUGUGAAUAAUCAAUUGAUUUCCGAUAUGAUCAAACAAAUGGAAUUGGAAUACAGAAAUAGCAAAGUUCAGUAUUUAAACAUCACAUAUCUGACACAGUUCAGGUUUGAUGGACACCCUUCAGUCCACCGCGAGCCAGGCACUCCAGUUCCUGCUCCACAAGACUGCAGCCACUGGUGCUUGCCCGGAGUACCAGAUGUAUGGAAUGAAAUUCUAUAUGCUCAUUUACGGUCAAUGGGAUUCAAAACCAAGUGAUAUUACCUGGCCAAAAAAGAAGAAUGAACAAUUUCUUGGUCGCUUGCCUUGCAAGUUCUGUUAUAUUGUCAGGGCAGUAUAUAAUCUGGGCUGCAUCUAACUAGGAUAAUUCCUUUUCAUUCUCGUUGGCAUCAGCUUCACUGACUUCCAUUUCCUUCACUUUCUCAAGCUGCCGCAAGAGCUCCAACCUUUCUGGUCCAUAAGUGGAAGGGAUCUGCCAAACAGUAUAAGAUUUGCCUCCCUAGUAAGAGAUUUGACAUUCACACAAUAAUUUAAAUGGAAGUUAUUAUUGUCAGAAACCACAGACCAAAGCUGGCACAUAUCGCUGAAUAGCUGCCAACAUAGCUGCAUGCCCAACAGCAGUAACCUGCAGGAGAUAAAUUAUCCUUUCAAUCCACUAGAAGAUGUAAAUCAUAACUAUACGAUGAAGCACUGAAAUAUGUUUUUAAGAUUUUAUGAAUGCAUAAGUGAAACCAUUUGGAUGAUCUUCAUCUAAUCCAUUUACUUUCCCUUCACAA